AGCUUAACUGACCCUCUCAUUCUCGCCCGUGACGCGGAAAGGUGCCCGAAGUAUAUAAGGGGCCGACGGACGCCAGAACUCACUGGUCUUCUCGUGUCCACGAGUAAAACAGCUCACAAGCCAACCAUGAACGCCUUCGCCGUCGUCGCCCUUUUCGGACUCAUCGCCGCCGCUAACGCCGGUGGAGUCGGCCUCUUCGGCGGAGGCUACGGCCAUGGUGGCUACGGUGGCUACGGUGGCUACGGCGGCUACGGCCUCGGCUACGGAGCUGGUGGUCUCGGCUAUGGCGCUGGUCUCGGAUAUAGCGCCGGCAGUCUGGGCUACGUGCCCAGCACCGGCCUCGGAGGAGCUGGUCUUGGGUUCGGUUCGGGCUAUGGCGUCAGUGUUGCCGCCGUACCUAGCGUCAGUCGCCCUGCUGUCGCUGUGGCUGCUGCACCGGCUUUUGCUGUGGCUCGUCCCGUCGCUGUCGCCACUCCGGCUGUGACUGUGGCUCGCCCAGUGGCUGUGGCUGCUGCUCCGGCCGUUCCUCUGGCUCGCCCAGUCGCUGUCGCUGCUCCGGCUGUGGCUGUGGCUGCUGCUCCGGCCGUUCCUCUGGCUCGUCCAGUCGCUGUUGCUGCUCCGGCUGUAGCUGUGGCUCAUCCCGUCGCCAUCGCUGCCCCAGCUGUGUCCACCGUGGCCGUGGCUCCGGCCGUAGCUCUCGGAAGCGGACUUAGUGGUCUCGGAUCUGGUUUCGGUGGCCCUGGAGCUUUUGGUGCUGUUGGUUACGGUGCAGGCUACGGCGCCGGCUACGGAGCUGGUUACGGUCACGGCUAUGGCUCCAUCUAUGGGGCUGGCUACGGUAAUGGCUACGGUGCUGGUAUCGGCAGGCUUGGGGUCACAUACGUGAAAGGAGCCAAGUGGUAAGCACCUACGGAACGU